UGAUUAGAGGAAACAUCCGAAGAAAUGCUGAGUGUGACUGCAGGGCCACAAUCCUGCCCGUCCUCCUGAGGUACUGCUGCAUUUCAAUGGGGCUGAGGAAAAUCUUGCAAUCUCUCUGUUACUUUGGGAGCAAUAUUAGCGAUCCACUAGAAGACAAGGACAUUAUCUUAAGGUGCGGGUAUCGGGAGGGAGGCGGGUGUGACCUGGACAGUGGGGCAGGGGUGGACCAGCAGUGGAGCCCCUGCGGAAUCGUGUGGGUUGCCUCCCCCACCGUCGAGCCUAACUCAGAAGAUGAGUUGCAUGCUUUAAUCAUAAUGAGGAACCAGUUGGACAAAGACACAGAGGAGUGGGAGAAGCUGAACUAUGACAUCCACACACUGCGUUGCGCCCGGCGACAGGUGUUCGGGAGGUGGAGGAAGAUCCUGCUGCAGAUGGGCUAUCAGAAUGAGGUGGACUCCUUGCUGGAGGUGAACACAGAACGUGAGCGAGAGAACCUGUACAGGGCCAGCCAGCUGCUCCACACACUAUGGGAAGAGUGCAGCCUGUUUCCUGUGGGAUUCCACACUGAGGAGAAGUACCUGUCUGUCAUGGUAGGCCAUACCCACCAGUCACUGUCAUGGUAGGUCACGCCCACCUGUCACUGUCAUGGUAGGCCAUGCCCACCUGUCACUGUCAUGUUCUCUGAAGGAGUGGUCAAAGUGGUUAGUACUGGGAACAGGGAAAGACUGGCAACAAAAAAUAACUGAGGAAUUUGCUGUUGGGAGGGUGGGUCCCAUUUUCCAGGGAAAUCAAUGCUGCAAUUAAUGUUACAUUUAUAAAGGAAUAAUAAAUAAAGUUAUUAAGUUUCUGAUACCAGUUAAAUCCACUGAUUUGUGGAUUUUCAUCGAAUAGAGGGAACAUCUGCAUGAAUUUGAGCUAAUUUGUGCACGAUGAUAAGUUAAAAAUGCUGCAGCUACUGUUUAGCAUUUUCUGCUUUUCAGGAUCGCCUGAUAUCCCUCGACAGCGCCGAGGAGUUUAUCCAACUGGCAAAAGAUAAAUAUCCAAAGACCAGAGCCUCAACCCAGCACCCUGUAAAAACGACCUUGUGGGGAUCUCAGGCGGAAUGAGGCAGAAAGGUAUAGAAAAUAUAACUCCAAGGCAGCUCAGCUUAGGCAUAUGAGCCAUUCUGAGAAUGCUGUGGAUUCUGACUGGCAAUUCAUUAUUCUAAGGGGAAAACUUUAAUAUAUUUGACUCUAUGGAUAUAUAUCCUCUAUGGAUACAUUGUAAUCCUGCGUAAUAAGUAACACAUGCCUCCUCCAAUCAGAAUCUGCCAUAUUGGUCUGUGGUCACCUGCAAUGUGGGGAGCAGCCAUUGGCUGACGCGUGCGUGUGCGCUGGACACAUGCUCUUCAUUCCCAGGCACCAAGUGGGCCAUGUUCUCAGCCAAGUAGAUGAUGUAGAUCCUGGCACACUGACUUCUUACAUUGUAAUAUAUCAUCCUUGCAAUUUUUCGUUCUUGCUGGGCUUGGCUGAGUUUAGUGCCAUUUCUUAGUUACAGUAUGCGUCGUGGAAAAAAAACGAAAACGUAUCCAGCAACUUUCACCUCCAAAAGCAUAUUUUCAAGAAUACAGCUGAUUAGUAAUACACAACCUGCAAGACUGUGGACAGAGGAUGGAAAUGACUGUCAAUGACAAUCCUAAUUGACAGCUGCACAGGAAGACAACUGGGAAAUAUAUUGGUGUAAGAAUAAUGCCCAGCGUUUCAAGCCGAGAUAGAGCAUAUAGCAGGAAAUACUCUCCGACGCCUUGUACUUUCUCAAUAUAACCAGCAGGGGGAACCAAAACCCAAAUUUUCCCGAACGUGAAUCCACAGUCAUCAAAAGCCGGUGGACCGUCUCUGAAUAACUGUUGUAAUUUAUCACAUACUGAGACUGAGAAAAAACUUUCGAUAGCCCGUGUAAUGUGAUUGUUCAUUGUGAGUUCUCUUUCUCUCCUGACACACAGCAGACACUGUGCUAUAUUACUGAGGGUGACCUACAUAUUGUCGUCAUGCCGGCCCAAUUUGUGUAGCUGGAAGCAGAUGUGGAACAAAAUGGAGCAGGGGGGGGGGGUCCAUCAGAAGGUAGAGGCCGCCCACACUUGGCCGCUGUGCAGAUUGGAGGGGGAGUCUGGCGACACCUUGUUCUCAUUAUCCUGCCCUGUCACUGUGCUGAAACCACUGGAAAUUGCAAAAUAAAAAGUGCAGUGCUGAUGAUGUCAUACCUGAGGCUCGAGCUAACGUCCACCGGACCCAAAGGGAGCUCAGCUGGAGCCUCCUGCAGCCCUGCCGUCUGCCCGCUGGUGCGAUGGCCUCACACGCCACUUCCUACAUGUUUCUCACAUACUUGGCUUGUUGUAAUUUUACAUACUCGCCGAAGCAAAUCUCCGACCUAAGGACCCUCAUAGUUCAGGUCCAGAAAGUACGAAUCCAGACCGAGAGUUUGUUCCAACCAACCAGUUGAGUACGCUCUGACUGUGACUCUUUAUGCUCAACUGGCUGGUUGGAACAAAAUCUCGGUCUGCAUUUGUACUUUCUGAACUUGAACUUUCCAGAAGCAUCAUUCAGAGCGCGGUUUGAUUUUAACUGAAGAAAACAGGUCAGCAGCCUCAAUUUUGCCUGAGGACUCUGCUUUGACCUCCAAAUUCUCCAUCAUUCCCAGUGAAGGCUGACAUCAUUCUGCGGUUUCCAGUCUCCUGUAUCAUCGCCCAAACUCCCACAUGCUGCACCACUAACAGGACACUUCCCCCUGGGGGAUUCUGGGAUUAACUGCUGUCUCUCUGCAUUAAGAUUCUCGUUAGAUGUGUGAACUAAUACAAGCCCCCUUUGCUUCAGGUUAGGAACUGAUCACCUUCAACUGCAAGCCAGCAGUCUUGGUGAUCAGAGCUCCCUUUCAGAAGGCUUGAGACAGGAGCAGCUGUGGAGAGUUUCUACAGCACUUGUUUGGGCUGUGCUUCCCAUAGAGGCCAUCAGGAGGCGCUAUACUAUUUAAAAUAAAAGCUCUUGGUCGCUAUUCUGUGUCCCAAACCACAUAGUAUUGCUCAGUCCAGGGUGAAAAAAGGUGCCGUUUUCGCCCCUGUCCAAGGUCGUUGCAGAGCUUGAGGUUGGGCCAAACGGCCAUCUGGACAGGAGGCCAGAUCCUGCUUUCUUCCAUAGUUGGAGAGGAGAUGUGAAGUGGGGUGGGGUGGGCAGUGAGCAUUCAUGGAUACGUGAGGCAGGAUAGACCCCCUUCCCCCCUCCCAUCACCGCCCUCACCCGCUAUGUCCAGGAUAUACUCUCUCCCCAUCAACAUAGAAUAUUUGUAGAGUGUGGCACAGGAUUCACUGAGGCUCUGGGUGUCCACCAUUCCUGGGAAGCAGGGAUCGCCCCAGAGCACACACUUCUCCAGCCUGGGAGUUAAAAAACUGGGUGAAAUGGGCAAGAAGCCUGUUCUCAGUCAGGGCGACUUAAAUACAGGCAAAGAGAUCUAACAGUCCGUGAAUCAUUGGGAAUAUCACACAACCAUGGAAUACUCAUGACCGGGAAUGACCCACCGGCUCAAAGGGGAAUCCCCUCAGGGUCGUCAUCGCAUCAGCUGACCAAUCCAAGCACAUUCCCAUGGUUUCAGCUCUUUUUCUAUAAGCGUGGCUGAUGUCUGACUGACAUCAAUAGCCCAUACUUGAGAUUGAUGACUGACCUAUUUGUUUCGUCCCUGCCUAUCUGCACACCGCUGGCCCUACGCGAUUCUUAAUGCCAUCUGGACUUCGGCACUGGUCAAUGACCUUCCAAAUUCCCCACUUGUCAAUGAUCGAUUGCUCUUGCUGCGUUUCUCACUCUGCACACUCUGCCAUGACGCCCUUUAUUGAAUUUACUAACCCGUUUAGGGUACAUGUCGAGAACAGUGACGCCUUAGAGUUUAUAUGUUCUUGGCUCACUGUACUUUGAACUCCUGACCACUGAGGCGUAGUUGAUGCAUUCCCCAUCAAGACAUAAGCAGAGAAGAGAGACGGUGGACAGAGGUGUGAUGCUGUUGGUGGCUGACGCUAAACUGUAAAAGAUUCUGGAGCUAUUUGUGAUCCCGAAAUAAACCGUUUGACUAUGUUUCGUUGUGUAGGGAUGGUAUGAAAACUUUCCUCCUGAAUACAUGCUAAAAGAUUUUCAGCUAUGAGCAAUCACUGCUUAAUUAAUAUAUUCAGUUAUGGAACCUUGGUGACCUUGGCAUUCAAAAUGAUUGAUGAAGGGGUUUGUAGCCCUUUGUGAGUAAGUUGCACUGAACCUAUAUCUGAAGUUGCAAUAAAAGAUGUUAAUGGA